AUGGCAUCCAACCAGCCACAGGGCAAACCAUACACCAGCUUACUCGAGGAAAAUGGGAACUUUGGUGACAUGUUUUGGAAGAGCGACGACAAAAAGCGAAAGGAGCGUGGCAGCAACACAUGUGAUUCUUGCUCGAUGGUGGUCAAUUGCGGAGGUGUGAGCGGUGGUGUGGAGAAUGUGCAGGUCGACGCCGGACAGCACCAGAAGAGGACUGGUGACAAGAGCGUAGGAAAGAGGAAUCCUAGUCAGGGCGAUUCCAAGAAUUCGCUCUAA